CCCCACUCUGUGAAAUCCCCAGCUCAGCAGUGACUGGUUCAGUGGUACAGCUGAGCUGCAGGGACCAGCACAGCAUCCCACCUGCCACUUACUCCUGGUACAAGGACAACCAGCCAAUGAACCCGCCCCGUCAUGCCAACGCAACCUAUCUAAUCAACUCGCGCACAGGAGUUCUGGAGUUUAAAUCUGUAGCCAAAGAGGACACUGGCCGAUACAGUUGCCUGGCAUCCAACGGAGUGGGACUACCCAAGAUGUGCGAGGCCAAGCAUAUGACGAUAGAGGACGUCAACAUCACAGCGAUAGUGGCAACAGUGUUGGGGGUCUUCCUGGCCGUGCUCAUCUGUGGAUGCGGCGGUUUCCUGUUACAGAGGAACGGCUUCUUCAGCCGACACAGAGGAAGGUAAGAGCUUUGUGAUUAAAUUAACAUUGAUGUGAACAAACACAAGCUAAUAUCUUACACGCUGAAGUCGAGGGGAGGCGGCGGGGAGGGGUGGAUUGUUGUUGCACUUAGCCGGCCUGUCUGCAUCUGUGUGCUGAGUCAGGACUGUGUGGAGUGACAGCUGUGGCUGUGUGUGUGUGUUUUCAUUUGAGAUGCAGCAGUGCCUGCUUUUCAACUCACUGGGUCAUUUGAUUGGCAGCAACAGAUGUAAAACCCUGGGAAAAAGUUUUUUGCUAUUAUUUUGAUUGAUUUUUUUUUUUUUUUAGAAUUGAUUUCCACUUCCAGGUAGAUGUACUAAUGUUAAAUUCAUGUCAAAAUACAGCCAGAUAGAUGACCACUCCACCCGCCUCCUCCCUCCUCAAAACAGGGCUGUGGGGGAAACAAUCAGUGCAACAUAAUUAUGGAAUAAUUACAGGCUGUUAAUCAGCAAGAAGGAAAAUAUUGGCAGUAGAAGGAAUUAUAGGCAAUUAAACUGAUUGGACGGGUAAUUUGAAAAGGAUUAUUUGGAUAUUGAAGAAU